AUUUAAUAUUAGUAAUUAGAUAGAAUUAGAGAACAUGGAAAUACCUGUGAUAGAUAAGUUGAAAAUAGGAUUCCCCAAAGGCGUCGAACUGAUUGUCGGCCAUAAAUUCAAAAUUUUAUACCAUCUUGCGAAUGGCUUCCGUAGUAAGAUAUAUUUAGCAGUAAAUGAAAUGACAGGAGAAGAAGUAGCUGUGAAAUUGGAACACGUCAACGUCAACCAUCCCCAGCUGUUGUAUGAGAGCAGGAUAUACAAGACCCUGAGCAGUGGCAAUGGGAUUCCGGUCGUCAGGUGGUAUGGAACAGAAAGGAAUUAUAACAUCCUUAUCAUGGACCUCCUCGGCCCAUCAUUGGAAGACCUCUUCACUUAUUGCGGCCAUGAAUUUUCGAUGACGACUGUUUUGAUGCUGGCCGACCAGAUGAUUUCUCGCAUUGCGUUUGUACACUCUAGAUUAUUUGUACAUCGGGAUAUCAAACCUGAUAAUUUCCUCAUGGGGAUCGGAAGGAACUGUAAUAAGCUUUACAUAAUUGACUUUGGUUUAGCAAAGCGCUACAAAGACCCGAGGACUCUAAUGCAUAUGCAAUACAGAGAUGAUAAGAAUCUAACUGGAACCGCGCGUUACGCAUCAAUAAACGCCCAUUUAGGCGUCGAGCAAAGCCGCCGAGAUGAUUUGGAAGCCUUAGGUUACGUCCUAAUGUAUUUCAAUAAGGGCUAUUUGCCGUGGCAAGGACUUAAGGCUGCUAACAAGAAACAAAAAUAUGAGAAGAUUUGCGAGAAGAAAAUGUCAGUUCCAGUGGACACUCUUUGCAAAGGAUUUCCAAUUGAAUUCGGAAUGUAUCUAAACUAUUGCAGAGGAUUAAAAUUCGAAGAAACUCCUAAUUAUAUUCAUUUAAGACAAAUGUUUAGAGGACUUUUUAAGAAAGUUGUAAGUGAUCAUGAUCACAAUUUCGAUUGGACGAUACUUGAAAAUAAGAAAUCAGCAUCGCACAUGAAAUCGAGUCUUGCGGAGAUUAGAGAACAAACUACAUCAUUGAAAAUAUCAAGAUGAAAAUCAUAUAAAUAUUACAAAGAUUGCUAAAAAGAAAACUUUUUCCUUAUCCAUGAAUUAUUUGUUCAGAACUUUUUUUACUUUGUUCUUUUGGUUCAUUGUGACAAUCUUUAUCAACACAUAGUCAAAGCACUAAUGUUAGCAAAAUAAUAAUUUUUUUAGUCAGCUAUGCCUCGAAAUAAAAUUAUAUGUAG